AUGUUCUCAGCCUUUGUGCAUGACUUUUCAAACAAGCCUGAUAAAACAGCACGUGUCCAUAUAUGCCAAGCCUCUUACAUUCAACAACCCCAUCCGAUUCCACUUUCUUCCGAGUUGGUACUAUUUGCGGCUAUCCUGGCGUCACUAACAUCGCAGGCGCUUGAGAUGGUCUCCAAUGGUGGCCCAAGAACGGGGUGCUAUUUUCGUGCCGUGAUGGUUCUUUUCGAGGUUGGCAAGUCCGACAGCUCCACAGUGUAUCCGAGCUUUGCAAUCAGGGCAUACGGCGUAUCCAUUAGAAUCAAGCACGGGUUGCUAAACAACUUUUGUGCCAGCUUCCAUUACUCCACUUUUAGGAUGGGCUUUGUGAUGUUGACACUUGGUGGUGGAGAAAAUUUAUGA